AUGUCUAAGAGAAACAAUGAUGAAGGGGGCUCAGAAGAACCACCAAUGAAAAAAGUUCAGUUUGAGCCUGUUAGACUUGGCCCUAUUUCUACCAUGGAAGACUUAGAUAUGAAAGUACUACAAUACCAAAAUAAAAAACUAGCUCAGAGAUUAGAACAAAGAAAUAGACUGGAAGCAGAACUAAGAAAUAGAAUAGAGCAGUUAGAAAAACGACAAACACAAGAUGAUUCUGUUUUAAAUGUUGUAAAUCGUUAUUGGAACCAAUUAAAUGAAGAUAUUCGUGUACUAUUACAAAGGUUUGAUGCGGAAACAGCUGAUGAAUUAGAGAGCAAAAAUGAAAGUGAAGCUACAACUUCAUUCUUAGUACAAUUAUCAACAUGGGAUAAGGAAGAAUUAGAUGAAAAAUUAGCUAAUCGAGUACAAGUAUCAAAACGAGCAGUGGCAAAAGUUAUACAAGCCUUUGAUAGGCUCAUGCAAAGAAAUGAAAAAAUUACACUUGCUCUAAAAGGAGAGUUGGAAGGAGAAGAAGCCCCUAGUAUGGAUGAAACGGUUCGUCAAGCAAAUAGUGAACUUCAAGCUGAGAAUCAGAAGUUGCAAACAUUAAAUACCUCUUUACAUAAAAAGUAUCAUACAAUGUCAUUAAAGUUGGCUGGCUUACAAGACAAUGUAAACUGCAAAGAAACAGAAGUUGCUGAAAUGCGAAAUCAGAUCGAAGAGUUGCAAUACGAAUAUCAAAAAAUUCUUGAUCGAAAUUAUAAAUUGGAAACACAUUUAGCAGAUUCAAGAGAUAAGUUAAAAGGAUUAGAAGCAAUGCAAAUUGAUGACAGAGUUAUUUCGAAACCGGAUACAUCAAUUGCACAGUCAAGCGUAUCACUACAAAAGAUGGAAGAAUUUCAAAAAGAAAAUGAAGAACUAAGAGAAUUGAAUAAUAACAGACUCCAAGAACUUGAUAAGUUACAUCAACAACAUAGGGAGACUUUAAUGGAAGUAGAAAGAUUAAGAAUGGAUCUAAGGCAACUUCCUGAAAAUGUAAUCAUUGACACAACAGAAUAUAAAUGUAUCCAAUCACAUUUUUCUGUGUUGUACAGUGAAUUUAUGUUAAUGAGAAAUCAACUACUUGAAUCAACUGGAUUGCUUCAAAACAGUAAAAAUACUCAUUUGCGCCAAAUGGAAGUGAUGGAGAGUGAUGAAUUAUCAGCUCAAAAGAAAUUACGUUCAGAAUUGAUGAAUUCUGAAGAUGUCAAUGCUCAAUUGCGUAAAGAAUAUGAAAUGUUACGUAUUGAAUUUGAACAGAAUUUGGCGGCUAAUGAACAAACUGGACCCAUAAAUCGAGAAAUGAGACAUUUACUAUCAUCCUUACAAAAUCAUAAUAAUCAGCUUAAGGGUGAAUUGCAUAGAUAUAAGCGUAAAUAUAAAGAUGCCAAUGCAGAAGUACCAAAGUUAAAGAAAGAACUAGAAGACAUUAAACUAAAGCUAGGUCAACAAAUUACAACCCCUGUCCUAGAUUCAAAAGAAGGAUUAUUAGAAUCUUGCAAAGAAGAUGAAUGUGGAAUAAAUGAAAAUAUUAAAGAAGAAUUUUCAUUAUCUCAAGUUAUUAUGAAGAAAGAAGAAGAUUUAGAAGGUAUAUCUCAGUUAAUAGAUGAAAAUGUUCAAAUCGAUGAAAAAAUUGAUAUCAAAAAUGUUAAAAAAGAACAGAUAAGAGACGGACAACAAACACCUAAUAAAACAUCAACAGGUCCGGCAACUACUCCAGAUCAAAAGCCUGUCAACCAAAAAGACAUUGUUAGAAAUUGGGAAAGUGAAGCUCUUAGAGAUUUGAAAUCUCAACUUAAAAAAUCUGUAAAUGAUCAAAAAGAAAUGAAAUUAUUAUUAGACAUGUAUAAAGGAGUUAGUAAAGACCAAAGAGACAAAGUUCAAUUAAUGGCAGCUGAAAAAAAACUUCGAGCAGAACUUGAAGAAGCAAAACAGGCCUUAAAAAAAAUACAAGAAGGCAAACGGGAAGAACGCAAGAAACUAGCUGAUGAAGAUGCCUUACGAAAAAUCAAACAAUUGGAAGAACAUAUUGUUCAACUCCAAAAACAAGUUGCUACUCAUAAACAAGAAGAAGAAGCGAUGCUAAGUGAAAUGGAAGUGACAGGUCAAGCAUUUGAAGAUAUGCAAGAACAAAACUCUAGAUUAAUUCAACAAUUACGUGAAAAAGAUGAUGCUAAUUUUAAAUUAAUGACUGAACGUAUAAAGUCUAAUCAAUUACAUAAAAUGGCUCGCGAAGAAACUGAUACUCUCAAAGAAUUGAUUAAAACUUUAACAAAUCAAGUAGAGAUGACAAACACAGUAGUUCGUAAAUUAGAAGAAAAAGAGCGUAUAUUGCAAAAUUCUUUAGCAACAGUUGAAAAAGAAUGUUCAAUUAGACAACAGGCUAUGGAAAUGCACAAACGAAAAGCGAUUGAAAGUGCUCAAUCUGCUGCCGAUUUAAAAUUACAUCUUGACAAAUAUCAUGCCCAAAUGAAAGAAGCACAACAAGUAGUAACGGAAAAAACCAGUGCCCUUGAGGCUGAAGCAUACAAAACCAAAAGGCUUCAGGAAGAAAUAGUACAGUUAAGACGAAAAACUGAACGUAUGAAAAAAAUUGAACAAGCCGGUACGUUAGAUGAAGUUAUGGUGGAAGAAAUUAGAGAAUAUAAAGAAACACUUACCUGUCCAUCUUGCAAAGUUAAACGAAAAGAUGCAGUACUGACCAAAUGUUUUCAUGUUUUUUGUUGGGAUUGUUUACGUACUCGUUAUGAGACAAGACAGAGAAAAUGUCCUAAAUGCAAUGCAACAUUUGGAGCUAAUGAUUAUCAUAGACUUUAUCUUGGGUCAUAAUUAUAUUGAGAGUUUUUAGUAAGAUAUGUAACCUAACCUUUAGGUAUCUUGUAACCUAAUUGUUUUGCAGUCCUAUUUUUAUUAUAAUUAUAUAUUUUGAUGAUUGUUCCAAGAUUUUUCUAGAUUAUUUUAGUGCGACAUUAUUCCUAAUCGAAUGAUUUUCGACUAUAUACAUUUAGGAAACUAGAUUUUAAUGUUUAUUUUUAACAUUAUUAACAAAUUAUUAUUAAAUGUGCUACAGUUAAAUAAAAUGGGUCCGUCAAAUUGUAUAAUAAUAUUUCUAAUAAAUACUACUACACUUAAUAGGUUUAUUUCUUGUUAUGAUCGACAACUUUGAUAUAGUUUGUAUUAUGCAUGCUAAUUAUUGUUAUUGUGAAAAUUAUUCAAACACAAUAAAAAUUAUUACAUCUUAUCAUAAAACUAUGUGCUGGCGUAUUGUAAAUUAUUGAUGAUAUAAAAUAAUUUGUUUCAAAACAAGAAGACUGUAAUAAAUUAAUAUUUCAUAUGAUUAACAUUUUGAUAUGACGUUACAUUACCAAUUAAAAUGAACAAAUUGUUGUAAUUAAUAAUUAUAUUAAUUUAUUGAAACAGUACCAUCGUACAUACUAACUCAAAUUGUUUAAAUCAAAAAGCUAGCAAUGUUAUAAACUAUUAUGUCUGGUUGUUAAACAUAUUAAAAUUAGAAUAUUCUGAUAAAUUACCAGUGUAUUUUCAAAUAUUGAGACAUUACAUUUAAAUAAUUUACCUAUUAUAAUAAUGUGUAGAUUUUAAAUUUAAUUCUACUUCAACAAACCUUGUAAACUUGUAAUGUUAGCAAAUAAUUAGUUUGUAUUUUAUUUGUAAGUAAGAAGUGGGCACCAUAUUAUUGUAGUAUAUAUAAUAUAAGUUUGCUUAGUUAUUUAUAGAUUAUAUCUAAUAUAAUAUAUAAAUGA